AUGCAGGGGCGCGGCCAGGGGUCGCGGUCAGGUUGCUACUGUCAGGUUCUCUCGUCAGGUUCGUCGCGGUUCCAGGUGCCGCGGGCAGGGUCUCGCGUCAGGUUCUCCGGUCAGGGUCGCUCGCAGGUGUCUCGGUGCAAGGGUCGCUGGCUGGGGCUCGCAUGUUCUCGUCAGAGGCGUCUCGUGCAGGUGUCGAGUCAGGGUCUCUGGUCAAGUGCCUGUCAGGUUCGCGGGCAGGGUCAGGGUCAGCUGCUCGUCAGGGUGUCUCGGUCAGGGUGCGCGGUCAGGUUCUCCGGUGCAGGUUCUGCGGGCCUGCUGAGGGGCAUGGAGGGGUGGGUAGGUGUUAUAUCUCAGGGAGCGCCAGACGGCGGAUUCGCAUUCAAGGUCGCUAGCCAAAACGGGAUCGAUCCGGUUUGCCGCAACUUGGCCGGCGCGCUCUGGGUGACCUUGAGGCCCCGCGAGAGAGGGGGGGAAGCGGCCCACACCGCCGCCCCUCGCGCCGCUCGCCCCCCCUCCCCCCUCGGCGGCCUCCAGGGACGAUCAGGAAUGAGACGGUGUAAAGAUAGGGGGGUGGAGGGGGGUGCGGUGGAGGAUGUUCCUGCCAAAAUGACGGGGGGGAAACCUUUGUGGUUCUAG